AUGCUUCCUAUCUUGUCUCGUCGACGGAAAACAUGCCCGCAGUGUCGAGCAGUCGUGCGUGAACGCCCAGCGGAGGCCUGGAUCGUCAAGGACAUGGUCGCUCAACUCGUCAGAAGCGAGCUUGCUCCUGAUGUCCAUUCGCCGCCUGCGAGUCUUAACCACAACCUAAACCCACAGAGUGACCCUUGGGAGACCCUAUUCCCCAAGCCGAUCUCCAACGAUGCUAGACAUCACCAAUUCGCUCGUGGACGCGGUGAACCAGUCGGGCACGGAAUGUUUGACGAAGAUGACGGGGUGUAUCGUUGUUACGAUUGCAUGCACGAAAUAUGGGAUGGCAGGUGUUCGGGCUGUGGGCGCGAAUAUCACGGGCACAUAGAGAUCGAGCAACUCAAUGGAGUCUGGCUCGGGGAUGAUGUUGACGACAUCGACGAACCGCGGUGGUUGGGAUCUGAAGACGAUGAAGAUGAUGACGACGACGACGAUGACUACGGCGCGAACCAUACCAUGCAUGAGGGAGAACAUGCGCCCGGGCUCAUGCCUGUCAAUGGGCUUGCACAUCCUGGUUUCCAUGAUGUCUUUGAUGGGGGCAUGCUCCCCUGGCUUUUUGGCCCCAUGGCUCACCAAGAGCAUGGCUCAGAUUUCGAGGAAGAGACCGAAGACGACGGGUACGAAUCAAGCUUCAUCGACGACGGGGAGGAACCUCAGUCCCACGAAGAGCAUGGCGAGGAUUCGGACGUGAUCAACCUGGUAUCGGACGAGGAGGAGGAUGACGUUCCCGGAGCUCGAAGAGGCGUCCAUCCUCGUGGGCCUAUGAUAGUCUCAUCGGAUGGUGAGGAAGACGAAAUGGAGAGCAUUCACGAGCCUCCGCGCCCCCGUUCCCAUGGCCGUACAGGAGCGAUCAUCAUUUCUUCGGGGUCGGAGUCGGAAGGAGAGCCCCUUCGUCCUCGUAGGCGCCCUUCGUUCCGUCGUGCUAUCAGGGAGGUAGAAGACGAUGAAAAUGAUGACGGCUCUAUCAAUCGCCCUCCGAUGCAUCUCGCUGGAUAUUUCACACCUCAUCGCACACUCGCAGCGGAUGAAUACCAGCACGGAGAUGAGGACGACGAGCUUGGCGAAGAUGACGAUCCACCGACCAUAUGGGACAAUCCUAUAGCUCAAAGCGACGGCGGACACAGUGAUGGUGACCCAGAUGGCGAGCUGAAUAUGGGUUAUGAUGAUGUAUACGAUAGCUAUGAGAACGACUACGGGAGUGACUAUGACGGAGAUUUCUUUUAA